AUGCAGACACCCGCACCCUCUAAAGCCCUACCACCGAGCACAACCUCUUCUGCUACGCCGACCCCGCGCCCCACCCCUCCACAACCCCGCCUGCGCCGCCCUCAGCUCCCCGCUACUCACCAAGUGUCUGCCCCUACACGCGUACUCCCUCCCCCCGCUGACCGCCGGCCCCCUCCCUCGGCCUCCCAACCGGCGCACCCCCCCCUGCCCACCCCCUCCCCCCCCGAGCACCCUCCCCCCCGCUUCCCCCUGCAUCCCCACCCAGGACCUCGCGCGCUCCGCCCCCCCUCAUCCGCCAGGCCUACCCCCCCCCCCCUACACCACCCCCCCACUACCAUACCUGACCACCCGCACCCCCCCCCCCCCCCACCCCCCUCGCAGCACACGCCCCUGUCCUUGCCCUAA